AUGUUUUACCAACCAGGAAUUACAGACCACGAUCUUCCCCACGAUCCUUUCAAGGCGUGCGUCGUCCCCCGUCCGAUCGGAUGGAUAUCCACCCAAAACAAGGCUGGCCAGGCCAACUUGGCACCGUACUCGCAGUUUAAUAACUUAACCUUCGACCCGCCCUACGUGAUGUUCUCAUCCAAUCAGACGGUCGAUGGCACACGCAAGGAUACGGUGGUCAAUGCAGAGGAAACUGGCAAGUUCGUUUGGAACCUGGCGACAUGGGACCUGCGCGAAGCGGUGAAUAUAUCCGCCGAACAGGUUCCCUAUGGGGUGGAUGAAUUCGAGCGUGCCAACGUGACCAAGGAAGCUGCGACGUUGAUGAACGUCCCGAUGGUUCAAGAGUCCCCAGUGAAGUUCGAGUGCGAGUAUCAUUCCACCGUCCGACUUCCUGGCAACCCCCCAUGGGUACAGUGGAUGUGGUGA